AAUAAAACUCUUUUUUCUCUCUUAAAUUGAUUAAAACAUAAAAAAUCUCAAAAUUUCGAUUACGAUAAUAAAUAAUCUCUUAAAACUAUUGAGGCACAUAGAAAAUUCACCACAAUGCUGGCGACGAUCAGUAUAUGUUAGAAACGCGACUAUUCAACACAGAGUCGCACGAGAGCAGGGUGAAACGUAUUGGAGGUACAGACACAAACCACAACAACAGAGAUCUCAUAAUUUUGUUAUUUCAAAACAGCUGAUUACAGUAAAAAGCAUGUCGUCGUCAACUUUUAAAUCUUUAUCAACGAAUGAAAUUCCAAUACGCGUUAUCAAACCGCAUGAACGUCAACAGGUGUUGGAUUUCCUACGUGUGCACUAUUAUCUGGAAGAACCCUUAACGACGGGCAGUGAACCCAAGCAACAAGAUAAGGAAGAUGAGGAGUUUAACAUGUCGAACAUAGAACACGGCACAUGUGUUAUGGCAGUUCAAAAAGAUGACAAUAAUUCCCAGGAAACAAUAGUGGGCGCACUUUUAGCCGGUCCCAAAGGUCCCAAUGAAGCAGAUCAUCUUUUUGAAGAGGCCGCCAAUUUGGGUCCAACCAAGUGGGGUCAUAUAGUACAAUUCUUGGGCUGUGUGGAACGAGAUGCUAAUAUAUGUGGACGUUUCAACGUACAGAAAGUUUUACAUGUUCAUGUUAUGGGAGUGAAUAGCGAAAUGCGUGGCCAAAAUAUUGGACGUCGUUUGGUGGAAAAAGUGCUCAGUUUGGCAAAAAGUUUGAACUACGAAAUGGUAUCUGUAGAUUGCACUAGUUUCUAUUCCGCUAGAUUAUUUGAACGCAUGGGCUUUGAAUGCAUUAAUAUUAAAUACUAUACGGAAUAUGUGGAUGAUACCGGAAAACAAGUUUUUAAACCAAAUGCACCCCACGAAUGUGUAAAAACAUUUGCUCUCAAACUUUAAGUAAAAUUAAUUAUGUAUAUUUUGGCAAAUAAAAAUUAAAAGUGUUUUCAA